AUGAAGAUUAGCCGAAGAGCGCUUGUAAUUAUGAAAGGAGAAAAAGUUGCUGCUAAUUUGUAUAUGUUUUUAGGAGAGACCGUGCAUGAAGCAGAAGCAUCAGAUGCUUCAAGUAGUUCGAGUGAGAGAUUUGCAAUGGUGUGGCAUCAGAAGCUUGGACAUAUGUUUGAACAAGGCAUUAAGGUUCUUGCUGAGAAAAAUCUACUUCCUAGUCUCACAAAGGUGUCAUUACCCUUUUGUGAGCAUUGCAUAACAAGCAAGCAGCAUCAACUACAGUUUAAUACAUCCAAUUCUAGAAGCAAGAAUGUUUUAGAAUUAGUUCACUCUGAUGUAUGGCAAGCACUGGUUUCAUCACUAGGAGGAGCUAAGUACUUUGUGUCCUUUAAAACUUACAAAGCGCGGGUUGAACUUGAUUCAAGCAAUAAGAUCAAGUGUUUGAGGACAGAUAAUUGA